AUGAUUCGACAUUGGGAUAUGGAAAAGGAUCCCAUUUUGGAGAUUAUAAAAGCAACAUUUCCAGAAGUUGAGAAAGCAACAAGUACAUCAGAUAUCUUUAUAGAUAUGGCAAUUUUAACUCCGAUGAAUGACGAUGUGGAUAUGGUGAAUUCAGUUUUGAUUAACCAGUUUCCAGGAGAAAAAGUGGUUUAUAAAAGUUUUGAUGUAAUGCUCAAUGAUACAUGCAGUAUCUAUCCGAUGGAGUUUAAUAAACUUUGCCCAGGGGGGAUGAGUUCCCAUGAGCUUGUCCUUAAAAAGGAUUGUCCAGUGCUUUUGUUAUGCAAUAUAAUGCCUUCUGAAGGGCUCUGUAAUGGAACGAGAUUGAUUUGUAAGACUUUUAUGCCCAACAUUAUUGUCUGUGAAAUUUCUGUUGGACAAUACAAAGGUAAAACUGAUUUUGUGCAUCGAGCAACUUUACGCCCUCCAGCAAAUAGCAGGUUCAACAUAAUUGGGCAUGGUAAAAGUUAUUUGAAACCAAAAAUUUGA